AUGCAUUUCCUUAAUCCAAGAUCACAAGCACCUCACAGCCAGCCCAAGCAUAAAGUCCAGUCCCAGGCCUUCAGCAACCAGCCCAGGCCAGAGUCCCAGAAACCCAUCUACAAGCAGAAUCCUCAGCCUGAGGGGUUCAGUACCCAGCAGAGGCUUCAGUCCCAGAAGGCUGAGCCCUAUGUACAAGGGCUCAGUGCAUUUGGCCCUGGAAGUCAACAAAGACCUGAGACCCAGAGGCACAGCUAUCAGCACAAGCCUGACAUUCACAAAUCCAACCACCAGCCGAAACCUCAGCUUCAGGGAUCUGACUUUCAAGCACCCAGCUAUGAAACAAGACCCAGGCCCCAAGGACACAGCUUCAAACAGAGAUCUGAGCCCCAGACACUGAACCACCAAUCAUGGCCCCAAUCCAGGAGGCCAGAGCCCCAAGCCCCCACUGACCGGCUGAAACCUCAGCUACAGAGGCCAGAGGCCCAAGCGCCCAGUUAUCGGUUGAGAUCUCAGCGCCAGAGGCCUGAGCUCCAAGCGCCCAGCUAUCGGUUGAGGCCUCAGCCCCAGAGGCCAGAGCUUCAAGUGCCCAACUAUCCACUGAGACCUCAGUCCCAGAGGCCAGAGCCCCAAGCGCCCAGCUACCUAUUGAGGCCUCAAUCCCAAAGGCCAGAGCCCCAAGUGCCCAGCUACCUGUUGAGGCCUCAGUCCCAAAGGCCAGAGCCCCAAGUGCCCAGUUACACACCAAAGCCUCAGCCCCAGAGGCCAGUGCCUCAGGCACCCAAAUACCCGUUGAGACCUCAGCCUCAGAGGCCAGAGCCCCAAGCGCCCAGCUUCCCGUUGAGAUCUCAGCCUCAGAGGCCAGAGCCCCAAGCGCCCAGCUUCCCGUUGAGGCCUCAGCCCCAGAAGCUAGAAUCCCAAGUGCCUAGCUACCCACUGAAGCCUCAGUCCCAGAGGCCAGAGCCCCAAGCGCCCAACUACCCAUUGAGGCCUCAGUCCCAGAGGCCAGAGCCCCAAGCGCCCAGCUUCCCAUUGAGGCCUCAGCCCAAAGCACCCGAGUACCAACUGAACCCUCAAUCCCAGAGGCCAGAGCCCCAAGCGCCCAACUACCCAUUGAGGCCUCAGUCCCAGAGGCCAGAGCCCCAAGUGCCCAACUACCCAUUGAGGCCUCAGCCCCAGAAGCUAGAAUCCCAAGUGCCUAGCUACCCACUGAAGCCUCAGCCCCAGAGGCCAGAGCCCCAAGCGCCCAACUACCCAUUGAGGCCUCAGCCCCAGAGGCCAGAGCCCCAAGUGCCCAACUACCCAUUGAGGCCUCAGUCCCAGAGGCCAGAGCCCCAAGCGCCCAACUACCUGUUGAGGCCUCAGUCCCAGAGGCCAGAGCCCCAAGUGCCCAACUACCCAUUGAGGCCUCAGUCCCAGAGGCCAGAGCCCCAAGUGCCUAGCUACCCACUGAAGCCUCAGCCCCAGAGGCCAGAGCCCCAAGCGCCCAACUACCCAUUGAGGCCUCAGCCCCAGAGGCUAGAGCCCCAAGCGCCCAACUACCCAUUGAGGCCUCAGUCCCAGAGGCCAGAGCCCCAAGCCCCCAACUACCCAUUGAGGCCUCAGUCCCAGAGGCCAGAGCCCCAAGUGCCCAACUACCCAUUGAGGCCUCAGUCCCAGAGGCCAGAGCCCCAAGUGCCUAGCUACCCACUGAAGCCUCAGCCCCAGAGGCCAGAGCCCCAAGCGCCCAACUACCCAUUGAGGCCUCAGCCCCAGAGGCCAGAGCCCCAAGCGCCCAACUACCCAUUGAGGCCUCAGUCCCAGAGGCCAGAGCCCCAAGUGCCCAACUACCCAUUGAGGCCUCAGUCCCAGAGGCCAGAGCCCCAAGUGCCCAACUACCCGUUGAGGCCUCAGUCCCAGAGGCCAGAGCCCCAAGUGCCCAACUACCCGUUGAGGCCUCAGUCCCAGAGGCCAGAGCCCCAAGCGCCCAGCUUCCAAUUGAGGCCUCAGCCCAAAGCACCCAAGUACCAACUGAACCCUCAGUCCCAGAGGCCAGAGCUCCAGGCUCCUAACUAUCAGCUGAGACCCCAAUCCCAGAGAGCUGAGCCCGAUGUGCCCAAGUACCAACUGAAAUCUCAAUCCCAGAGGCCUGAACCCCAAGUGCCCAACCAUGAGUUUAAACCUCAAUCCCAGAACCCUGGGUUUCAGGGGCCCAACUACCAGAGGCCCCAAACGCUUGAGCCACAAGGGCCCAACUACCAGUUGAGUCCCCAGUCCCAGAAGCCUGAACCCCAAGCGCCAAACCGUCAGCUGAAAACUCAAUUCCAGAGACCUGAGCCCCAAGAGCCCAACUACCAGAGGCCCCAAGUGCCCAACCACCAGCUGAAACCUCAAUCCCAGAACCCUGGGUUCCAAGGGCCCAACUACCAGUUGAGUCCCCAAUCCCAGAAGCCUGAGCCCCAAGGGCCUAACUACCCACUGGAGCCCCAGCGGCUUAAGCCCCAAAGGCACAGUUACCAGCAAAAAUAUGUGUCUCAAAUGGUGAAUUACCAGCCAACGGCUCAGUCCCAGAGGCUUGAGCCCCAAGCACAUGGCUACCAACAGAAAGCCCACACUCAGGGUCCCGACUAUCUGCAAAGGCCUGAACCCCAGGGACUUGGCUACCAGCAGACCUCCCAGCCUCAGAAGCCUCAGCCCCAAGUGCCUAGUCACCAGCUGAGGCCUCGAUCCCUAAGGCCCCUGGGCCAAUCACCAAGCCAGCAGCAGAAGCCCAAGCCCAUAGCAACCCAAUAUGAGGUGGGAAGUCCUCCCCAGGGGCCCAGCGGCCUACAGAGACCUCACCUCUUGGCACAACCCUACCAGCCUGAUGUCAGGUCGAAGUCUCCUGGUCUUUCCCAGGAUGAAGGUGUAGUGAAGGAGGACUUUGAGGUGAGUUACAAUCCCAAGAUUUAA